CCCACGACCGGAAGUGAACGUUUUCACCGGAAGCUGGCGUGCUUUGAAAAGAGAAUUGACGUAAAGAGCCACAACAAACAUGGCGGACGAUCCCACAGAAGCAGAACACAGCAUGGAGCAUGCUAACCAGGCCAGCGAGAAUCCACAUGCAGAGUUUGGCUUGACGGACAACAUCCAGAGGACAUUGGAGCAGGAGAAGACGAGCAGUGACAAGAUGUCCAAGAACAAAGUGGACCUGCAGGCUCUUCCCACCCGGGCUUACCUGGACCAGACCGUGGUACCCAUCUUGUUGCAGGCUCUUUCUGUGCUCGCCAAGGAAAGGCCACCAAACCCCAUCGAGUAUUUGGCUGCUUUCCUGCUGAAGAACAAAAGUCAGUUUGAUGAGAGAAGUUGAGUCUUGUCAAUAAAGUUCCUUGCACACAUGUUGCCUCCCACUCACCAUUGGCCAUUAGGCCCCGCCCCUUCAAGUCCUCUGUAGAUAGUGGAGUAUGUUGGCUACCACUUUGAUGCUGUCUUGUAGCAUGGUAGCAAAGAUGGCGCCCUGACUGCCUUCUGACCAAUCAUGGACGAGAUGGCCUGAAAGCCAAACUCUCUUUAGACCUAAGCAAGUCUGAUGUUCCAUUCCAGAGGAUUGGUUUCCAUGGUAACUUACUCCCACUCACCUAAGUUUCCAUGGUAACUUACUCACACUCACCUUAGUUACCGUGGUAACUUACUCACACUCACCUAAGAUUCCAUGGUAACUUACUCCCACUCACCUAAGUUUCCAUGGUAACUUACUCACACUCACCUAAGUUACCAUGGUAACUUACUCCACCUUGGGUUAGUUACUGUGGUAACUUACUCCACCUCGGGUUAGUUACUGUGGUAACAUCCUCCCACUCGGGUUCAUUACUGUGGUAACUUACUCCACCUCGGGUUAGUUACUGUGGUAACUUACUCCACCUCGGGUUAGUUACCAUGGCAACAUCCUCCAGGUCAGUUGAGGGUAUGUUGAUGGUGUAUUUAGUAUUUCAUAAGUACUACGUUACAACAUGAAUAUUCAAGGCUCUUUGAAUCAUUUGUCAAGAUGUGAAAUAAAAACGUUUGUUUCAA